AUGGCCUUUAUCGAGGCCAAUGAGUCGGCCGAACCGACACCUAAUGUGGGGCAUGGGUUCAUUGGCGGUACCUUGGGUACGCAAACGGGAACCUUUUCAUUUGGCCAAUUCCAAGGCAGCAUGGCCUACGAGGCGCUUGACGUUCCUGUGUUCAUCGUGAUGGGUAUGAUUGGUGGACUCGCAGGAGCUGCUUUUAACGGUGCCAACAUGGUAUUGACCCAGUUUAGGAAGCGUUACGUGACUCACCGCUACCUGCGUUUCGGUGAGGCUUUGCUGAUCGCUUUCAGCAUGGCAACGGCAUCGUUUUGGCUGUCUUACUUUUUCGGCACGUGCCGCAACCUCGCUGGCGACUAUAGCGACUCACUUUUCGCGGUUUUACUGUCCGGAGGCUUCACGCCGUUUUCGCUGUGCAUGUUCUUCGUUGUGUUCUAUAUGUUCGCGCAUUGGACCUACGGUAUUGCUGUGCCAUCGGGUUUGUUCGUGCCCAGCUUACUCGCUGGCGCAGCCUAUGGUCGCAUUUGUGUGAUUAUGUUUGGUGGCAUGGCACGUAUGACUAUCUCGCUGACGGUGAUUAUCCUUGAGUAUACGGGCGUGAUCGAGUGGGGUCUUCCCAUUAUGGUGUCCCUUAUGGCUGCUUGCUGGGUUGGCAACAGUUUCAACGAGGGUCUGUACGACAUCCACAUUCACUUGAACCAUUUGCCAUUUCUUGAGUUUGAUCCGCCUUAUUACGCGCGUUUUCUGCGUGCCCUUAACGUCAUAAGCUCACCUCCAACGUGCGUACCGCAGAUUGCCAAGGUCGGUGAGAUUUACGAUGUGCUGAAGAAUUGUAAUCACGGUGGUUUUCCAGUGAUUGUGCCCCGCAGUCAGGAUGCUGCAGGUGGUGGGCAACAACCUAAUCUUAGCGCUAAACGAAGGUCUCCUCGCUUCUCAGGUAUAAUCAAUCGACACCAUUUGGCUGUGCUACUUCAGCGUAAGGACUUUUUUGUCGAGAAGCCAGAACCCUUUGUUCGCAUUCCUGCCGGUGACACAACGCUAUUGUACAAUGACCAGUACGCGCUUUCAUAUCGGGACAUGGAAGGCAGCUAUCCACGAUACCCAUCCGUCAGUGACAUUCAACUAGACGAGGAGGAGCGAGGUUUGUGGAUGGAUCUUACACCAUACAUGAAUACUACGCCGUACACUGUCCAGGAGCAGACUCCAGUACCGCGUGCUUUCCGUCUGUUUCGAUCAUUGGGACUACGUCAUCUCAUUGUGCUGAACCGGCGUAAUGAAGUGCGUGGACUGAUUACACGAAAAGACCUGACACCGGCGCAUCUCAAGUUUUGCCUUGAGGCACUGAGCGAAGCGGAGAAGCAGCGUAUUCAGGGUUAUUUCCAUCGCGAUCGCUGUGGGUCAGAGCGAUUUGAAGACGUGGAGAAGAAGCUGAUCAGGAUUAAUGACAACUGGUAA